GGGACGUCUGACUGCACCAUGCCAUAACGACUUCAACCAGAUGUGACGACAACCAGUAGGCCACAAACCUGACGCGUUCUUAGUCGGGGCUUACUCGCGCUCGAUCUGGGCUCAACCCGAGAAAACGCCCACUUUGACUCGAUCUGCAGCCCAUCAUUGGUUACAACAUCGAUUGCGGGGCAAUUGACUGAUCAGGACGAUCCUGAUGAUCGAGAUGUGCUGACUUGUUUGAGACGUGGGCAGAUCCUAUCUAUUUAUCUGCACUUUUCACGAGACCUCCCUCAUCCUCACUCACCAUGAAGUACGACGCUCUCGCUGCGCUCCUUAUUUGGCUCGCACCCAGCGCUGUUGCCUACGAGAGACGCGCCAAAGAUCCGCUAGUCUACACCACCGUGAUCGAUGACUUCAAGAAGGGCUUUAGCGUGAACUCUCCCAACGCUAAGUGGAACUACUUUUCCUUUGGCCCCUAUAUUGGCAGCGACGGCGUCGCGAGCACCUCAAACCCCAAGGGUGGACGGCUCACAGUGACUUCUCCUGGCACUGGUCCCGGCGGUGAGCCAGCGUUUACGCUGACGGCGCCGCCCGCUGGCGGCCUCCCCGGCGACAUCGACCACGUCAAGUGGCUCGUCUUUGCCAACGCGACCUCGAGCGCUGGAUACCCUGGCUUCGACACGGCCGCAGGCUAUGUGACCUCGUGCGAAGCACAGGUUGGUGGACGCCUGUUCGGGACCGAGUCCAACCCGUUCGGGGCGAGUGCGACAGAUCCCUCCCUCGGCUUUGUUGGCGGGGUCAAUGGCGACUUUGAGACUUUCAUGAUCUUCGACUUCGCCCUCACAAACGACGGCGUGUAUGUGCUCUACGAGCGGCUGCCGUUCGGCCGCACCGAAAGCCACAACUAUGCCAGCUUUACCGCCCUCAAACGCGUCGCAUCGCGCAGCCCUGGCGACAUGCACGAUCUUAAGGUUUCGUAUGAUCGCUCCGCCAAGACGGUGAGCUGGCUUGUGGGCGGACGCCAGGUGUACAGAAUCGACCGCGUUGGGUACUACCCUUCCGACCGGGCCGAGGUCGUCAUCGACCGCGGCGGUAUCGAGGAGGAUGUGGGGGAGAUGCGUCAGCUCGUGUGCGGCUUCGGCACGUUCACCCUCAUGGAUGGAUUCGUCCCGUCUCUAGGCAAGGGUAUGGUCCGUCUCAACCCCGCGAACGGCUACUACGUCCAUCCAACCACAAGAUCGCCUCUCGAAUUUGUGGACGACAUUAGUGCGGAGGAAAAUCGCAUCUUUGGGCAGGGUUCGGAGCUUGUCGUUGGCUCUGUGACCAUUUCGAGUGCCAGAUCGGGCCGCAAAGGAAAGCGUGUUGGCCCUCUGCGCAGCUCUCCCCUAGACAAAUGACGGUGGGUGCCGCGCUAGUAAAUGUUGUUCGUAUAAUGAUAGGCUUGUCCAUGGAGAAACUGAUUAGCUAUGGGGGAGUGAAUGAUCAAGCCGAGAAAUGGGUGCCGUAAUUUACCAGAAGUUUUGUUGAGUGGCAAGCAUCUCGUGG